AUGGGUACUCCAUCCUCAUUGCCCACAAACCCUAACCCCAGCCCCAGUCCGCCAUUACCUCUGUCACCGCCACUACCCCCAAGCCAAAUACCACCUCUCAUUCCGCCGACUCCCCUCUCGCCGCAAUCCGAGCCGCAAAAUGAAACACCAAUUCUCGACACCCAUUCCCCAGAACCUGCGCCUACUCAAGCAAAAACAAAAGGCAAAACAAAAAGGGCCGCAGGUAGACCCAAAGAAACCCCUGUCGGAAAAAGGAAACGAGUACCCUCUGUUCCUUUCGACCUAAACUCUCCACCUCAGCCGUCCUCUGAACCAGUUAGCAAAAGGACCAGGUCUUCCUCGCAAACCACAGCACCAGCGGUCCAAACACCAGUACCUCAGUCUCCCUUACACUCUCCAGCACCUGCAUCAUCUGCAGAUAAUAUCGAAGAGCAGCAUCCUGAUACCACUGGUACUACAGACCCCACUACCUUUACACCAGCAGAACCACAACCAACCACUACCCCACAGUUUUCAGCAGACAUUUUAUCCCUUUUAAGAUCCUUGGAAUCCAAAUUAACAAGUUUCACUGUCCAACCAUAUGUUCCUUCACCUGACAACACGAAAUUCUUGCUACCUUGA